AUGCUCAACAUGCUCGUCGGCUACCUGCUCUUGGCAUUCCAACUCAACAGCGUGGUGCAGGUCAUUGCUCAAGAUGCACCAGAAAAUUGUGAGUACAAUUUUAUGAGUCAAAAAAUGCGACAAGCAAUCCUUGAAGCCCAUAACCGACGUAGGAGUUUACUUGCUGAUGGAAGAGUUAGAAGAAAUGUUCUUUCUCCCGAUUUUUUCCCCACAGCAACAAACAUGCUUUUUAUGAUGUAUGACUGCGAUUUGGAGAUGAAAGCAGCUUACACAGAUCCAUGCAAGGCGCAUGUACGUCCAAAGUCAUUCUCCUACACAGGAAUGAAUUCCUAUCAUAUCAAAACAAGAGUCGAAAACUUCCGGCCAGUCAAGUCUCCUGAAAAUGCAUUAAAAGAAGCUGCGGAGAUAUGGUGGGAAGAUCACAUGUACUACACCGGAUUUCAAGGAGUCACACCUCGAGAAAAGGACUAUCCAAUCAUUCCAUUCCUCAUAGUAUGUUUCUGUUACUUUAUUUCCUGGCUUGUAUAG